AUGGGACGCACUAAGGAACAGGCAGCGGCUGAUUUCACGGCUUUCCAACGCACCAUCCCUAGCUCAGAUAUUGUAAUCUUUUCAGAUGGAUCUAGGCUAGUAGACGGACGUGCAGGGGGUGGCUAUAUUGGAUUUCAAGCACACCAUCAGUUCCUCCGCUCCUCGCUCUCAUACGGACAUGGGAAAGAAGUCUUCGAUGCCGAAGCAGAAGCUGCUCUAGCUGGUGCUCAAGCAGCAAUAGCAUACCCAACAGCUCAAUUUGCUACCAACUUAUGGAUCUGUCUUGACAACCUGGAAGUUGCCACGCGCCUCCUAUCUCCCUCUACAGGAUCCUCUCAAGAAGCUACCACACACAAAAGUGGAUCAAUCCAAAUCCGAUGGGUCCCUGGACACACCAUAAUCCCUGAGAAUGAAGCGGCUGAUCUCGCUGCCAAGGAAGGAGCUGCCUCUAUCCCCCCCUCUUCAUACAAGUCCUCAUACGCCUCGCUAAAGAGAUACGCCAAGACUCAAUCCCUAUCCGCUGCUCAGUCACAAUGGGAGAAGGUGGCACCACAGAGUUAUCAAGAUCUAGAAAUAACUACUUCCCCUAAGCGCCCUGGGGAGCUUCAACUCAACCGACUUGACCUUGGCCGUAUUAUUGCGGCCCGUACUGGUCAUGGAGACUUUGCAGACUACCAUGAACGUUUUAACCAUGAUGAUGCUUAUCUUCUCUGCCGAUGCGGAGCACGAAAAGCACCUCUGCACUUCUUCUUCUGUCAUAUAGCUAAGAGACUGAGCCCCUCGGCCUCCUGGGCCCCCUUCUGA